AUGAACCAACCUGAGAAAUUUCAGCCCUCAUGGCCAUUCUACAACAUCUUGGAUUCAACUCUUGAUCAAGUUGAAUUAUAUGGUUUCGACAUUGACGAGGAUGUGUGUGGCUAUGAAUUCUCUUCCUCAAUCACCACCACAGAGGACUCCUCUGGGAUUCCCUCAGCACCAGAUUUUCCAACUGUGAUUUCCAGUGAAUUUGUUGGGUUUCCAGGCUGUGAUGAGGCACUGCAAACCUCGUUUCUCAUUGGGGAUUUGCCACUCAAUAUGGAGGAGUUUGAGACUAUUCUAUGUGGUGAGAUUGGAGAUGCCUAUGGAUGGUUAGAUGGGAGUGAGGAAAGUUUUCCUUCACAACAGCAGUCUACUGAAGGAGAAGAUGAAUGGAGUCCUUGCCCAUCAACAAAAUCUAGUGAGGCUUUGAUCGACACAACAUCAACGCAACAAUCACUAACUUUUCCUGCAGAAGGUGUGGAAAUUGAUAACCAACAAAGCAUUCUUCACCUACUCAAAGCUUACGGAGAAGCUGUUGAGGAGAAUCAAAGGGAGCUCAGUGAGGUGAUUUUGAGAUCAAUAUGCGAGAAAGGAAAUCCACUCGGUGAAACCCUAGAGCGUCUUGCAUUCAACUUAUUUGAAGACAUCGAAAGGCAGGAUGAUUAUCUUAAACAAGAAUCCAUGCAGAACUUUGCGGCAGCAUUCAAAGCAUUCUACCAAAUAUUUCCAUAUGGGAGGUUUGCUCACUUUGCAGCAAACUCAGCUAUCCUUGAAGCUAUGCCAGGUGAUGUAGAAACGGUACACAUCGUAGACUUUGAUAUGGGAGAAGGAGUUCAAUGGCCUCCAAUGAUUGAGGCCAUUGGGAAGCAACACAAGGCAGUUAGAUUGACAUCAAUAAAAUGGGGGGAGGAGGACAGCUGCUCUGCUUCUGCUCAAUGGAGGUUUGAGGAGACAAAGAGGUGGCUUUGCAAUCAUGCAAGAUCCAUGGGUCUGAAUUUGACAGUAGAGGAGGUGAAAAUUGAGGAUUUGGUGAGUGAGAUAAAGAAAAUGAAGAAAAGAGGUGGGAGGAGAGAGUGGUUGGCCUUCAAUUGCAUGGUGAGGCUGCCACACAUGGGAAGGAGAAGGAGUAGGAGGAAAGUUAUGAAUUUUCUAAGGGUAGCUAGGGAUAUGAUAUCCAAUUCCGCAAAUUGCAGCAAAGGAAUAUUAACUUUCGGAAAUGGAGAUCCAGGGGAGAAAAUGAAAAAUUGUGCUGGCUAUGGUGCAUUCUUUGAUGGGUAUUUGGUACAUUACCAAGCCCUGAUGGAAUCAAUGGAGUGGAAUUUCCCAGUUCAUCUGGGAGAAGCAAGAACAGCCAUGGAAUCCCUUUUUGUAGCUCCUUAUGUCUCUUCUCUAACCUGGUUCCAAAACUGGGAGGAGACUAGAGAAGGCUGUGAUCUUCAGGCAGGGACUGGAUGGGCAGGCAGGAAACUGAGCAGAGAGAAUUUAAUGGAAGCCAGAGAAAUGGUGAAAGAAGGGGAGACCUCAUACAGGGUAAAUAUUGAAGGACAGAAUGAGAAUGAGAUGGUCUUGGAAUGGAGAGGAACUCCAUUAGUCAGCUUGUCAACCUGGAGAUAGGUAAGAACCCACAAAUUAACGGAUGAU